GGACGCUAUGGCAGCAGAUUAUGUCGCACACAUCCGGGGUGGCGCCAGAUUCCCGAUCGCGUUUGUUAUUAAUACACCGUUAUCUCUGGCGUGCUGAAAUCAUACGUACAGUAAUGAAUGAUUCUGUCAGUAAUGUGACAUCUGUGUGAGAUUAUCGGCUCGUGAUGGCGGAUGACAGCGAGUGGGUGCUCGAGAGCAUCGCGGGAUAUCUGAGCAGCCCAGACUGGAUCAUCCCACUCACACACUUCAUGGACAACAACUGCUCAGUGUUUGAUGAUGAAGAUGAGAAUAAACUGACCUACACUGAGAUUCAUCAACAAUACAAACAGCUGGUGGAGCAGUUACUGGAGAACCACAUGCAGGAGGUGGGCAUUAGUGAACAGCAGUUUGUGCACGCCUGCUCGUCUUCGACAAAGACUAAAAGUUUACAGGCUGUGUUCCAGCCGGUUCUUGCGACAGAUGAUUUUCAGAUGUUUCGCUCUCUGAUGGUACAGAAGAACAUGGAGUUACAGCUGCAGGCACUGCACGUUUUUAAAGAGAGAAACGGUGGGCUGCCUGAGUGUCUGACAGAUGGUGUUGAUGUGAUGAGUGAACUCGAGCAGCAAGAAAUGAAGAUUCUUCAGGAAGUUCUCAUGAGAUCGAAAGAGGAGUAUGAUCUGGAGAUGGCUCACAGGAUACAGGAGAAAGAGGAAGUGGUCUCCACAUCCAGCAGUGUAUCUGAGAGCGCUCCAGCACUCAUGUGUGAUGCUCAGACGACCUGUGACCCUGUGAUUCAGCACACAAACACUAUGAAUGGGAAUUCAGGAGCUAAAGAGCAGAAGCUGAAGGACUCCACAGCCUUCAAGAAUUCAGCUAAAACUGCUGCGAGCACACCACCAUCAGGUAAAGGUAAGACAUUACCCGCUGUGAAGGGUUCUACAAAUAAACCUGUAUCAGCCAAUGAGAAGACAGCAGAGAGCCCAAGAAACACUGACUGUCCUAAACAAAUCGCUAAGGAGGAGGGCUUACAGCAGCGGUCUGAGUAUCUGAAGCAGCAGAGAGAUAAACUGCAGGCGCUGAAGAAAGAUCAGACACCAAAGACCCCCACACAAACACCUUCAGUGACCCCUGACCCCAGACCCACCACACAGGAAAUCUCUGUUGAGGAAAAGAAGAAGUUGCAGAAGAGGAAACAUCUGGCAGAGAAACUCAAAGAGGAGGUCAUCAAGAAAUAAAGCUCAGAUCAUCAUUAAAGACUGUAAUAGCUGCACAGCUUGAGACAAGUGUUAUACUGCGUUAAAAUGUGCAAAGAGAAACAUGGAUAAACUGCUUUGUAUACCGUUUAAUUUAGAUUUUUAAUCUAGUUCUACCAACCUAACAUUAGAUAAUGGUCUGACAUUAUUUGAUGCUGUUUUGAGACAUUGAUUGUCAUUCAGAUAUAUCUAUAGCACAGAUGAAUUGCACCUUUAUAAAUGAUUUACACUCACCGGUCUUCUGCUGGACAUGUUCAACGUGAUAUUGACUUCUAAUAGAGAUGCUUGAUCAAAUGUUUGUUAUUGCAUGAUCAUUUUAUUGUUAGUGACUGCACUGUGUUUCUGCAAAAUGAUAGUAAAAUCUUUACUCACUGAUAUUUUGUUAUGCAUUAUGGGGACAGUGCAAAUGUGUACACUUCCAUACUAUUAAACAUAUGCUCAUAUUUCACUAUGUAAUUUAGAGAAGCAUGGACAGAUGUUUUAUGAAAAGAUCCAAUAAAGUAUCCUUUUUAGUAAU